UUUAACUUGCUUCGCCACCCACGCAUCGGCAGAGGUGUCCUUUUUUGUUGUUUCUCGGUGGUUCUCGCGGGUCGCGGAAGAGCGCACUCAACACUGUGAAACGUUUGAGAUUUUUUUUGUUUAUCGGCGCAUUCGCGACGCGAUUGUAUCUAUUUAUUUACGUUUACGGUGUGUUUUGUUGUUUGAGGUUGUUUGGUUUCAUUGACAGCCAUCUUCGUUGUCAAGCUGUCAUUAAUCGGCUUGCGCCGACCCGGUGACAAGCGCGGUGUCAUCAUCAUCAAUAGACAUAGACCGCUGUCAUCAUUGAAACGCAGUAUGAAAAAAAAUAUAGCCCAGGACAUCCUGGCUACGAUCUGGCGAUGGGCUAAACAAUAGGAUGUGCGCCGAAAGAGGAGUGCGGAAGCAAAAAAACCUCUGAUGGAACGAAUGUCAUCCUUCCUGAUGGGAAUCGCAAGGAAAAGGUAAACGACGACGACGACAGAGUGGAGUGUAAAACAAAGAUGUCGGAAUUUUUCUUCGAAGAUUUUGACGAACUGUUGUUGAUUUAUGUAAGUGAAAAAUGUGCCGUCGAUUUGUAGCUUAAAAGUCGAAUUAAUUUGAAUGCGUGAAUGUUUGCUCUAAUAAUUGAUGUAAAAAUUGGUGCUGUACAGUUGCGAUUUGAUGGGGAAAUCAGUGUUUUGUGAAAGUAAAGAAAUCGGUCGCGUUGUCAAGUGUGGGUCGUAGUAUCAUAAUUUUUAAUACCUGGCUUUCAUUGGGCGAUGAUAAUGAUUACUAAAAUCCCAUUUAAUGGCAUGUGUCUUGCUCAAUUCCAUUAGAAGUAAUAGUUGUGAAUGCAGACUCAAUUUCCUAGUAAUAAUUGCAAAAAGUUGAGUGUGACUGAAUAAUGUCCUACACGGAGCUGGAGUCGGGUUAUCAGGGCCUGAAGCAGGACAUAAACAGCAGUUGCGGAUUGGGCGGUAGUAGCAAUGGCAGCGAGGGCAACGGUAGUGCCAAUCAGACCCCAUCCGGACGGCCCGGAUUCUACGUUGGGGAUGAUGGUGCCAUUAUAACCAUCGGAAGGGGUGACCUUGAAUCCACCGAUGGGCUCGACUCGGAUGACUCGUCCACCACGUACAAACAGGUGGUCGUGGCCGUUUGUGCCAUGGCCAAAAAGUCCCAGUCCAAACCGAUGAAGGAAAUCCUUACCCGGCUGCAGGAGUUCGAGUACAUCCGCAUGAUUGUGUUCAGCGAGGAGAUCAUUCUGAAAGAACCCGUCGACAAAUGGCCCCUGUGCGACUGUCUGAUUUCGUUCCACUCGAAGGGUUUCCCCCUGGAGAAGGCCAUCCAGUACGCCCAGCUGCGGCAACCGUACGUGAUCAACAACUUGCACAUGCAGUUUGAUAUACAGGUAGAUCGAAGACGGGUGUAUUCCAUUCUGGAGAAGGAGGGCAUUGAAAUACCGCGGUACGCGGUGUUGGAUAGAGAUUCACCAGAUCCAAAACAGCACGAGCUCGUAGAAUCAGAAGAUCAUGUUGAGGUGAAUGGAAUCAUUUUCAACAAACCUUUUGUGGAGAAACCCGUAUCGGCUGAGGACCACAAUAUUUACAUAUACUAUCCGACGUCGGCAGGUGGUGGUAGCCAACGACUGUUCCGAAAGAUCGGUAGUCGGAGUAGUGUGUAUUCGCCGGAAUCGCGGGUUCGUAAGACCGGAUCUUUCAUCUACGAAGACUUUAUGCCAACGGAUGGAACAGACGUCAAAGUGUACACGGUGGGACCUGAUUAUGCCCACGCCGAAGCGCGCAAGAGUCCGGCUCUCGAUGGGAAGGUGGAACGGGAUAGCGACGGCAAGGAAGUCCGCUAUCCGGUCAUCUUGAGCAACGCAGAAAAGUUGAUUUCGCGCAAGGUUUGCCUGGCGUUCAAGCAAACCGUGUGCGGAUUCGAUCUGCUGCGUGCCAACGGAAAAUCGUUCGUCUGUGAUGUGAACGGGUUUAGCUUUGUGAAAAACUCGAACAAGUACUACGACGAUAGUGCGAAGAUACUGGGGAAUAUGAUUCUUCGAGAGUUGGCUCCGACUUUGCACAUACCGUGGUCGGUUCCGUUCCAGCUGGACGAUCCGCCCAUCGUGCCGACCACGUUCGGGAAGAUGAUGGAGUUGCGUUGCGUUACGGCCAUCAUCCGGCACGGUGAUCGAACGCCCAAGCAGAAGAUGAAGGUCGAGGUGAGGCAUCAGAAGUUUUUCGAAAUAUUCGAAAAGUACGACGGCUACAAGUACGGACAUAUCAAGCUGAAGAGGCCCAAACAGCUGCAGGAGAUUUUGGAUAUAGCAAGGUCGUUGCUAGCGGAGAUUCAAACCAAAGCGGCUGACUCAGAGAUUGAGGAGAAGCAGAGCAAGCUGGAACAGCUGAAGAGUGUACUGGAGAUGUACGGCCACUUUUCCGGAAUCAAUCGUAAGGUGCAGAUGAAAUAUCAACCAAAGGGACGGCCCCGUGGAUCAAGUUCUGACGAUGGUAAACAUCAUUCUAUAGAUGCCCCGAAGGAACCGUCUCUGGUUCUGAUACUGAAAUGGGGUGGAGAGCUUACCCCGGCCGGCCGAAUCCAGGCUGAGGAACUGGGAAGGAUUUUUCGCUGCAUGUAUCCCGGUGGGCAGAGUCGAGAUGGCAAAGAAGCUCCCGGUGCGCAGGGUUUGGGUUUACUGCGAUUACAUUCCACUUUUCGUCACGAUCUAAAAAUCUACGCAUCCGAUGAAGGUCGUGUUCAGAUGACGGCAGCCGCCUUUGCGAAAGGUUUGCUAGCCCUGGAAGGUGAACUGACACCGAUUUUGGUGCAGAUGGUGAAGAGCGCCAACACCAAUGGGUUGUUGGAUAACGACUGUGAUUCAAGUAAAUACCAGAAUAUGGCCAAGUCACGGCUGCAUGAACUAAUGCAAAUCGAUCGCGAGUUUACAAUUGAGGAUAGGGCUGCGAUCAAUCCGGGCAAUGCAAUCAGCAUCAAUUUGGCUAUGGACUUUGUAAAGAACCCGGUGAAGUGUUGCGCACAUGUUCAUUCGUUGAUCCAGUCGCUACUCGGGGUAGUCGCCGUUAAGCGGGACGAUUUGAAAACGAGAGAUGCAGUACUGUAUCAUGGAGAAACCUGGGAAUUGAUGGGUAGGCGAUGGGGUAAAAUCGAGAAGGACUUCUGCACGAAAAACAAAAAUUUUGAUAUUUCCAAAAUUCCGGACAUUUACGAUUGUAUCAAGUACGAUCUGCAGCAUAAUCAACAUACGUUACAGUUCGAUUUGGCAGAGGAGCUGUACAUUUACGCCAAGUACUUGGCCGAUAUUGUAAUACCACAAGAGUACGGUUUAACCGUACACGAGAAACUGACAAUUGGACAAGGUAUCUGUACGCCACUGUUGAAGAAGAUUCGUGCAGAUUUGCAACGAAACAUUGAAGAAGCGGGUGAUGAGAGCGUCAAUCGACUGAAUCCACGCUACAGUCACGGAGUAUCUAGCCCGGGAAGACACGUCCGCACUCGUUUGUACUUCACUAGCGAAAGUCACGUGCACUCCCUUUUGACAGUUCUGCGCAACGGUGGACUGUUGAACAUCCUGACCGACGAACAGUGGCGCCGAGCCAUGGAGUACGUAUCGAUGGUAUCCGAACUAAACUACAUGUCGCAGAUUGUGAUAAUGCUGUACGAAGAUCCGACCAAAGAUCCGUUCUCGGAAGAACGGUUCCACGUCGAAUUGCAUUUCAGUCCAGGGGUAAAUUGUUGUGUACAGAAGAAUCUGCCGCCGGGGCCUGGCUUUAGGCCGCACAGUCGUAACGAUUCCGUCACUUCGAAGAAUGCGAGUGGUGACGAGGAGAGUACAUCUCGUAUUGACGAAGAGAAUGAUACUGAGGAAGAAAGUUCCCUCAGUUCCAGUCAAACUAUUUCCAAAGAUAUUUCUAUUACAGACAAUUUCUCUAAAAGUACUAAGGAACAUACGAAAAAGAUCCGAAAAAUUAAGACAUCGGAACCGAUUCCAAUCGGGUCGUGCCACACCGUAUCCGGCCACGAGGCUAUGGACUUAGCUAAGCGCUUAAGUGAGGAACUCGCCGCGCAACAGCAGGCUGGUAGUCAACGGCCAAUCAGUCCAGAUGAGCCUCGAACUUCGCGAUCAUUUGAACAUGGCAAACACAGCCGAAUCAAAGAUCAUGCACGUUACUAUCAUAGCCAGCAGGCGGUUUACAAUCAAGGCAUAGCGGCAUCUGUCAAGUUCAACGCAGAACCGGCUUUUGAAUCGGCAACUAACGAGCUUCCGCUCUAUUCAAUCGAUUUUUCCCAAAUUCCCAAAACGCCGGAAAAUAAUAUUCUUACUUCGAGAGUGUUCAACACGAACUCGGUUGCCUCGAUCUCCGAUGAUCGAUCGCGAAUUUCAAUCGCAGCAACCAAUGAGCGACCACUCUCCUGCACCACAUUGUUCAUGCAUGAAUCUUAUUCGUGCGACUCUAUCAGCGAGUUCACUCCGAACCUAGCUGAUCAAGAAUUAUACGUUUCUUCCUUUUCCGACUCGGAUUCAGAAACGUCACGAUACUACAGUGCUUGUCACGAUUUGGAUCCGUUCCACUAUAGAUACCCGCUGAGUAGUCGGGCCUUAUCGUAUACCUUUUCAAACGAUCCGGAACGUGACAAUCUGCUAAUGCCGUUCAACGGCUACAGCUACAAAUCGAUGCUCUACGCAUCAACGCCUCUCGUUAGCAAGAGCUUCAACGAUCUAGACUACUUGACAGAUGUCGAUACGCCGCGUAUUCUCGAGAACGGUUCCACAACCACCUUACUCUUCCACGUGAAACACUCAAGCCCUAGUACAAGGUCUCAAUCCCAAACUAUUGCGCUCUCCGUUCCCCGUCGACCGAGAGUCAUUUUCCACCCCGACAAUCUAACCCGGGUAGCUAGCGAUCCGGGGCUCCCCAUCCGCUCCUCCGUAACGCCCACCAUGGAUCAAUCUGAUUCAGGACCCACAGAUCCGACUAACACAGACAACACGCAGGACACUGUAACGUUUGUAUCGUUGACCACGCCCCCACCCGACGAGAGCCUGUCUGAUCUCUCGGCCCUAGAUCGCGAUUUCCAAUCCCUGCUCGAUAGGGUUUUCCCGGUUUCGAAAAAUCUCGAGAUGUGUGUCCCCGUGAGUAGUGAUAGUGAUCCCGUUACCACACUGACGUUCCCCUACACAACUAACCUGAACAGUAGUAACCUUGCACCUAACCGUAAAACUCAUUGUUCGAAACUCGCCAAAUCGUACACCACAGACAGCAGCACGAACCCGCCCGGAGGCGGCAGUGUUGCCUGCGGGGGUGGUGUCGUUGGUGGUCCCGGUCCGUCCUCUCAUGGUUCGUCCAAUUCGUCCACCGGCGGCGCAACCGUGAGACGUCAACGACACAGCAUUGCCGGCCAGAUGAGCUACUUCAAAAUGUUAGGGGGCUUCGGGAAAAAGAUGGCUACCAGCACCAACAGCUUGUUCAGCACCGCGGUCAUCAGUGGCAGCUCGUCGGCGCCCAAUCUCCGGGACAUGAUUCCCAAUACGGCGUCGCCGUCAGCACUUGAAGGAUUCGGUGGGGUGCCUCCGAUCCGCCCGCUGGAGACCCUGCACAACGCGCUGUCGCUGCGACAGCUGGACAACUUCCUGGACAAGAUGACCACCGGGCCGCUGUUCAAGACGCCGGCUUCGUCGCCGCCGAAGUAUCCGUCUACGCCGCUGCCGACGCCCGUCCCCAGCCCGGCGACCGUCCCGGAUGCGUCGACCCUGCCGCAGGCGAGCUGGAGUGGUCAUUCCAGUAUGACCAGCAGCAUCAGUGCCAUGUCCAGUGGCGGGCCAUCGUCGCCCAACUACAGCGAUAUGUUCUCCAGGGGUUGUCCCAGUAGCGACAUGUCGGCCAGUAUAGCCAGCAACGAUGGAAGUAUUGCGUUGGGUGCGGGAGGUUGUAACCGUGACGAGUUACCACAAAUUUUCCCGAUAAUCGACAAUGAUUUGAAUGUGCUGGGAUCGCACUUCAACUACGAUCAACUAGCAGCCAGUAUCAAUUUGGAGAGUCCUGCAAAGAUUCCACCGAUUAGUAAGGACGCCACACUGGAUAUCAGCGGAGAUCUGACGCCCAUAAGCACCUGCUCGGAUUGGGAGUUCAACACGAACGAUGCUACCAAAGGAUCGACAAAUACGAACAAUGACUUGAUUACCGAAGAAGACGACGAAGAUGCCACGAUUUCAACGGACACAUGCCUGAGUACCGGUGAUUUGGCGAUUGUCGGUCCAGGUGACGAAACUAUCUCUAGUCAGAACUUCAGUCUAGCACCAGGCGGCAGCGGUAACAUAAGCAGCGUCAAACAACUUCAAAAAGACUUACUCCACGAUUCGAAAAAUGUUCACCACGAGGUUAGCAACUUGCGAACAGAUCUACCAGCGCCGCCGGCUUCAUCCGCACCGAUCACGGCAGGAGCAACUCCCAAAAUCGAAAAUCGAUUCCGCACCACUCGGAUUCAGAAGCAGAUCAGUCUGUACGAGAAGGACUCGCGGACCGAGGCGAAGAAUCUGGCGCAUGAAGUGGAAAAAUUCAGAGGUGAACGAUUGUCACUGGCUACUACGAGGCGAGCCACUUCCUGUAGUAGCGGCGAUCCACCCGGUGUUCGUUUGCACAUGUCGUUCGAUGAACUCCAGAAGGACAUUCCGAAUAUCGAUAAAAAUUUAACCAGCAUGCUGGAGCACGAAUAUGAGAAAUGCUCCAAAACGAGUAAGGCCAUGUCGACACGAUUAAAUAAUAAUAAUCCAACGCCGGGGGCGUUGGUAAUACGAGAAGGAUUUAUAGAACCGCCCCGGAUCACCCGAGUGACGAAAAGUUUCCACGGUAAAACAGAUUACCAUCAGGUACAGGUGAAUGACAUCGCACGACGAGCCAGUGAUAUUGCGAGACCUUCAUCGUCGACUGCUACGGUGAUUGCACCCGGAAGUGCAGCUGGUGGAACUCGGGAUUCCGCCAAUCGGUACAAUAAGAAUCAAAUUAGGCAGAACAUUAACAGCAACGCAAUUGGUACCAGAAUGGACGGUGGUAAUCACCUAACAGGAGCGGCUGCUGGAUCAGCUGGUGUAAGUAGUAGGUUUACGACAUUAAUUGUUUCGGAAGCGGAUCGCAAUGUUACCCAAGUUGAUAGUGUUAAUAGAUCUUCGGUGUUAAAUGCAAGAGAAUCGACUGUUGGUGCUUUAGAAUUUAAGGAAGAAAGUAAGCAAAAAGAUUGAUUGAAACAGUGAUUUAUGUGGUAGUAAAAACAGCGUUGUUCGAAUCAAUAGUGUGAUCAAUGAAGGACACUGGAGGGAUAGCUAUUUAUUCUAUUAAAUGUUUCUGAGCUAGAAACUUAAAA